AUGUUGAGCAAAAGUGUCUUGACUCUCGAAAACAAGAAAUUCAAUUAUACCGAAAAACAGAAUCUCAGAAUCUCAGAAUCUCAGAAUCUCAGAAUCUCAGAAUCUCAGAAUCUCAGAAUCUCAGAAUCUCAGAAUUUCAGAAUCUCAGAAUCUCAGAAUCUCAAAAUCUCAGAAUCUCAGAAUCUCAGAAUCUCAGAAUCUCAGAAUCUCAGAAUCUCAAAAUCUCAAAAUCUCAGAAUCUCAGAAUCUCAGAAUCUCAGAAUCUCAGAAUCUCAGAAUCUCUGUAUCUCAGAAUCUCAAAAUCUCAGAAUCUCAGAAUCUCAGAAUCUCAGAAUCUCAGAAUCUCAGAAUCUCUUAGAACCAAAUCUCAGAAACUCAGAACUUCAGAACCUCAGAAUCUCAGAACCUCAAAAUCUUGGAACAUCGGAAUUUCAGAAUCUCAGAAUCACAGAAUCUCAGGACCUCAGAAUCUCAGAACCUCAAAAUCUUGGAACAUCGGAAUUUCAGAAUCUCAGAACCUCAGAAUCUCAGAAUCUCAGAAUCUCAAAAUCUCAGAAUAUCAGAAUAUCAGAAUCUCAGAACAUCAGAAUCUCAGAAUAUCAGAAUCUCAGAAUCUCAGAAUCUCAGAAUCUCAGAAUCUCAGAAUCUCAGAAUCUAAAAAUCUCAGAAUACCAGAAUUUUAGAAUAUUGGAAAUUUAG